AUGCGUCCACAGACGACGUUGAAAUUGAUUCUUACUAACACACAGAAUGGGUUUAUCCCAACAGUCGAAACCAACAGGAGUAAGUACUUUGCUCCUGAUACAAAGCCAAAAAUUGAUGUUGACGACACGGUUAAGAAAUUCAAGUACUUACUUGGACUCACCAACUUGUUUCAGCACUUUAUUGAUUCAAAGGCGAGAAAGGACCCCGUGUUCGCCCAAGUUUUGCACAAGAUGAAUGAAACCCAGCCAAAGGCUAACGCUGGUGCUCAAAGAAGAAGAAAAACCGAAAAGGAGGAGGACGCUGAGUUGUUAGAUGACGAGCAGGACACUCCCACCAUCACCGAAUUUACCGAAAGUCCUAGUUACGUACAUGGUGAACUUCGUCCUUAUCAAAUCCAGGGUUUGAAUUGGUUGGUUUCUCUUUACGAAAACAACCUUUCAGGUAUCUUGGCUGACGAAAUGGGAUUGGGUAAAACCUUGCAAACCAUCUCCUUCUUGGGCUACUUGCGUUAUAUGCGUGGUAUCAACGGCCCUCACUUGGUGGUAGCUCCUAAAUCUACUCUUGAUAACUGGGCCAGAGAAUUCGCUAGAUGGACUCCAGAAGUUAACGUGUUCGUCCUUCAGGGUGACAAGGACGAAAGACAUGACUUGAUCCAGAAUCGCUUACUACUGUGUGAGUUUGAUGUGGUCAUUGCAUCCUACGAAAUCGUCAUUCGUGAGAAGGCCUCCUUCAGAAAGUUCGCCUGGGAAUACAUCGUCAUUGAUGAGGCUCAUAGAAUCAAGAACGAGGAGUCCUUGCUUUCUCAGAUCAUUCGUCUUUUCCAUUCCAAGAAUAGACUCCUAAUCACAGGUACACCAUUGCAGAACAACUUGCACGAAUUAUGGGCCUUGCUCAACUUCAUCUUACCAGACGUUUUUGGAGAUUCGGAUGCGUUCGACCAAUGGUUCAGUUCUACCGAGGAUGCUUCACAACAACAAGAUGACAAUGUUGUGGCUCAAUUGCAUAAGGUCCUCAAACCAUUCUUGUUACGUCGUAUCAAGUCUGAUGUUGAAAAAUCUCUUUUGCCUAAACAAGAACUUAAUGUGUACGUCAAGAUGACCGAUAUGCAAAGGAAAUGGUACCAGAAACUACUUGAGAAAGAUAUAGAUGCCGUUAAUGGUGCCAACGGAAAGAAAGAGUCCAAAACAAGGUUGUUGAACAUUGUUAUGCAGUUGAGAAAGUGUUGCAACCAUCCAUAUUUGUUCGAAGGUGCUGAACCAGGUCCUCCUUACACUACAGACGAACAUUUGGUCUUUAAUGCCCAAAAGAUGAUUAUCUUGGACAAGCUUUUGAAGAAAAUGCUAGAUAUUCUCGAGGACUACUGUAUGUUCCGUUCCUUCCAGUAUUGCAGAAUUGAUGGUCAAACCGAUCACGCCGACCGUGUGGAUGCCAUUGAUGAAUAUAACAAGCCCGAUUCAUCAAAGUUUGUCUUCUUAUUGACUACUAGAGCUGGUGGUUUGGGUAUCAAUUUGACAACUGCUGAUAUCGUGGUUUUGUUCGACAGUGACUGGAAUCCACAAGCAGAUUUGCAAGCAAUGGACAGAGCUCACAGAAUUGGACAAACCAAGCAAGUCAAGGUGUUCAGAUUUGUGACCGAGAAUGCUAUCGAAGAGAAGGUUCUUGAAAGAGCAGCACAAAAGCUCAGAUUGGAUCAGUUAGUUAUUCAGCAAGGCCGUAAUAGUGGUGGAGCUUCAGGUCAACAGAGUGGUAAAGCCGCGUCAAAGGACCAGUUGUUGGAUAUGAUUCAGCACGGUGCAGCCGAAAUCUUUAAGACUAAGGACUCUAGUGAUCCAAGUAAUACUGCUGAUGUUGAUAUCGAAGCAUUACUUGCCGAUUCUGAAAAGAAAACUCAAGAGCUUAACAAGAAGUACGCCAAGUUGGACUUGAACGCUUUGCAGAACUUUUCCAAUGACGAGUCCGUCUAUGAAUGGAAUGGAGAAAACUUCAAGAAGAAGGAACCAACAGCCAUCACUAAUAUUGGCCACGCCUGGAUUAAUCCCGGCAAACGUGAGCGUAAGGAGAACUAUUCCAUCGACAUGUAUUACAAGGAUGUGAUGAAGUCAGGCAGCAGGUCAACUCCUAGAACAGGUCCAAAGCCACCAAAGCUGUUGAACAUAUAUGACCACCAGUUCUUCCCACAGAAGUUGAUGGAGCUCCACGAUUUGGAGAAGAAUUACUAUAAGAAACAAACUGGUUACAAAGCUCCACUCAAAAAGGGUACAGCUAAGGAUUUGGAGAAAAGAGAGUUGGAACAGAAACUAGAACAAGAGGAGAUUGAAAAUUCCCGUCCAUUGAACGAGGAAGAAAAAGCUCUCAAGGAAGACCUUUUGACCCAAGGAUUCACCAAUUGGAACAGAAAAGACUUCAUUCAUUUCAUUGCCGUGUCCACAAAGUACGGCCGUAACUCUAUCUCAAUGAUCGCUGCAGAAUUCGAUGAUAAAACUAUAGAUGAGAUUAGGGAAUACGCCAAGAAGUUCUGGCUGAGUUAUAAGGAGAUUGAGGGCUUCGAGAAAUACAUCAACCAAAUCGAGCUCGGAGAAGAGAAGGUUACGCGUGUUAAGUUGCAAAAGGAAAGCAUCAGGCGGAAGGUGUCAAGCUAUAAGUAUCCGCUUCAGGAGCUUGUAUUGAAGUAUCCACCGGCAGCCACAAACAAGAGGACUUUCACAGACGAGGAAGACAGGUUCUUGAUCGUCCAAAUGUACAGAUUUGGUCUCGAUAGACCCGAUCUUUAUGAGAGAAUAAGAGAUGUGAUCCGUAUGAGCCCGCUCUUCCGGUUUGACUUCUUCUUGCAAUCCAGAUCCACGGCCGAGAUUUCAAGAAGAUGCAGCACGUUGAUUGCAUGUGUCUUUAAGGAAAUUCAUCCUAAUGAAGCAGCGGCCACGAAAUCUUCCACUCCAAAAGGUGGUGCCGCCAGCAAUGGUACCAAGAGAAAGGAGGAAACGAAGAGCACAGCCAACAAGAAGCGCAAGAAAUAA